ACAAAAAUCAAAAGCGGUGAAUUUUCAGGUUAGAAUAGGCUACUCCAGCUUUAUUAUUAUUUUUGUUAAGUAAUUUGAUUAAAAUCAGUAAUAAUUCAAGGUUUCAAUACCAGCUAGUAUUUGAUUUAUGUGAUUGUGUGUUUAAUUAGAUAGUAUUCCACUUUUACAAAAAAACAGAUAUGUUAUACUUAUGUAAUAACAUUUAUAACAUUCAAUUUUAAAGCAUAAAUUCAAUUAAUUCCUAUGAAGUUAUGCCAGCACUAUUAACUGUUUGUUGAUGAUACAAUCAAGAUUACUUUCCAUUCCAUUGCUUUACAAAAUGCCAAAAAAGACUGCAAAAACCAAAGCUUCAGCGGACUCAGAUAAAACGAAUGUAAAAACAAAUAAAACGGAACCUGUUGAUUGCGACAAGGAUGGAAAUAUUUUGAUCCAUGUUCAUGCUAAACCGGGAUCAAAGCAGAAUAUGAUUCAAGGAUCAGAGACAUCUUCGGAUGACCAACCGCGAUUGGCAGUGAAAAUAGCUGCGCGCGCAGUUGAGGGUCAAGCCAACACUGAAUUGGUCGAAUAUUUAGCUGAAGUGCUUAGUGUUAGAAAAAGUGACUUCACCAUUGUAAGAGGCCAGAAAUCUAGAGAAAAGACUGUUUCGCUCUCACCUAAGACGCUUACUUUGGAAUCAGCUAGGAAGAAAAUUGAAGAAGAAAUUGCAAGGACUAAAGAUGCUGAAUGAUCUAUGAGCUGUGAAUGUGAUAAUGAAUCAAAUUAAUUAUAAAAUAGAUUUUCCAUA